UCUGAGAAAUGGCGAAAAGCCAACCCACUUUUCGCCUCAGUCCGUUGCUUCGCUUUGCGGUGCUCCGCUUGUCUUUUCCCCUCCGCCCCGGCCCCCGCCGCUAAACCUCCCCCCGCCCGCGAUGCCCUCGCGGCAGCCUCCGCCGCCCUCCCCCUCCCCGUCUCCGGCCGCCGCCGCCGCGGACGCCUUCGUUGGCGACGUCCGAUCCCGCGGGCGUCGCCACCCCCCGGUGGCCUCCGCGGCCGCGGCGGGGGCAUCGGCCGCGGCGGCAGCGCUGAUCUUAGUGGCUUUCGUCGCGGUGCUGUUGUGGAGGAUGAGGAGGGGGAGGAAGCGGGCCGCCGGGGCGGGGACUGGGGCGGUGCAGCCGGCGGCCGCACUGCGGAGGCUGUCGUACCAGCAGCUGCGGCGCGCCACGGGCUUCUUCGCGGCGGGGAGCAAGCUGGGACAGGGUGGGUUCGGCCCGGUCUUCCGCGGCGCGCUGCCCAGGUCGGGGCAGCCCGUGGCCGUGAAGGUCAUGGACGCCGCGGGGUCCCUCCAGGGCGAGCGCGAGUUCCACAAUGAGCUCUCCCUCGCGUCCCACCUCCUCGGCUGCGCCGCCCCAGCCCACGGGGGCGGGGUGCCCUCCAUCCUCCUCCCGUUUGCGUACUCGCUCUCCGCGCAGCCUCGCCGCCGCCGGAUGAUGCUGGUGUACGAGCUCAUGCCCAACGGGUCACUGCAGGACGCGCUGCUCGGGAAGAGGUGCCCCGAGCUGGUGGCCGAGUGGCCGCGCCGGCUCGCCAUCGCCCGCGACGUGGCCGCCGCGCUCCACUACCUCCAUUCCGUCGUGCAGCCGCCCGUGAUCCAUGGAGACGUGAAGCCGAGCAACGUGUUACUGGAUGGCGAGCUCCGUGCCCGCCUCGCGGAUUUCGGCCUCGCGCGGAUCAGGUCUGAGGAAGAGGAAGAGUUGGAGAGCGGUGCGAUUGGUGGCAAUGCGAAUGGGAACGGCAAUCCCGGCGACGGAUGUGAUGAUGAUGUGUCAGUGGCUGGCGAGAGCACAGCUGCUGUUGUAGUGAAUGGGGAAGACAAUGCUGCCAAGUCGCUGGAGGAUGAUGAGGCGUUUACCACAGCGUCUCCUGCAGAGGCCGCAUCCACUUCCGGAUGUGACAAGACUAGUGUUGGUAGCGGAUUUAAUGGCCGAAGCUGCAAUGGUGGUGGUGCUGCAGCAUCAGGGACUGGGAGUGACUGGUGGUGGCGUCAGGAUAAUGGUGGUGGUGGCGGAGGCGGUGUUAAGGACUAUGUGAUGGAAUGGAUUAGAUCGGAAAUCAAGAAGGAGCGGCCAAAGAGCGAUUGGAUUGCGGGAUCAUCUGCAAUCACCCCUGUUACUUCUACAGAGAGGAAGAAGCCAAAGCGUAGGGCACGCGAGUGGUGGCGUGAGGAGUAUGCUGAGGAGCUCACUAAGAAGCAAAAACGGCGGAUGCUUGCUAAGUCGAAGAGUGACGCUGGUGUGAUGUCUGGUAUGCAGUGGUGGGAGAGGGAUUGUGACUUAGAGGAGAAGGGGCAUUCAAGGUGGAGAAUGAUGAAAAGCUGGAGCCGGAGGAGCAGCAAUGGGAAUGGCAGCAUCGGUUGGUGGGUGGACGGUGUGAGAAGGAGCAGCAGGGAUUGGGCUAGUGGGGAGUUUGUGCCCAAGAGUGGUGGAGCAGUGAGCAGCACGCCGAGCAUGCGUGGCACAGUCUGCUAUGUGGCUCCUGAGUAUGGCGGUGGAGGGCCUCUAUCAGAGAAAUGUGACAUUUACAGCUUUGGUGUGCUGUUGUUAGUUCUUAUAUCUGGACGCCGCCCGCUCCAAAUGACAACCUCACCAAUGUCAGAUUUUGAGAAAGCGAGUCUCAUUUCAUGGGCGAGGCAUCUUGCUCAAGUUGGCCGCUUACUUGAUCUUGUAGACCCUGCGCUGCGGGAUGUUGAUCGAGACCAAGCACUACUAUGCAUUACUGUUGCACUCCUUUGCAUCCAGCGGUCACCAGCUCGACGCCCAUCAAGCACAGAGGUGCUUGAAAUGCUCGCUGGUGAGGGUGAGCCACCACGUCUUCCAAUAGAGUUCUCGCCAUCGCCUCCUGGUGGGUUCCCCUUUAAGUCCCGCAAGAAAGGUCGGCGAGUUUAGUUUGUUGGUUAGAUGAAAAAGGUAGUGUCAGCCUUCUAUUGUUAUGCUUGUUUCUUCGUGUACACCACUUCUAAUUUAUAUGUUUAAUUGAUUGGUGUGUAAAGAUCUUGAUGGGACAAAACAGUGCCAAUUUGGUUCAGAUUUGACAAGAA